GAGGAACCAAUGAAGUUCUGACUUGUGAGCUAAAAGAGGGACAUGAACGGAGGAGGAUGAUACGGAGAGACGCGGCGUUUGGAAAAAUAAAUGAAGAGCGAAAAUUUAUUCACUUCCACGCUUCCUGUCUGCUCCCACGCGGCGUUACAGUGCCACGAGAGGGUCGUCAGUGAACUCACCCCUAUCUAGCCUCACAGCGCAUUUCUACAGCACGUCGCGGCGCGGCGCAGACUCGUCCUGCUUGCGGGGCGCACCACACGGCACAAACAAACACCCAGCCAGGCUUAUCACCCAGCCUCCGAGUCCGCAGAGGGGCAAAGGGCCAUGGAGAGCGCCGCUAACAACUCAGACCUCCGGAGCCAGCUCCCGUUUAUCGGUCAGAACAGCAGCAUCUGCCGGAGCUUCAUCGACAACAGCAGCUUCGCGGAGAUGCGAUGCGGCGGCGACGGGAGCGGGGACGACGGUGUGUCCCGGAGCCUGGACGGAGACGCCAACCCCGUCAUUAUCGCUAUCAUUAUCACAGCUGUUUACUCCAUAGUUUGCAUGGUGGGGCUGGUGGGAAACGUGCUGGUCAUGUACAUCAUUGUAAGGUACACUAAGAUGAAGACAGCCACCAACAUCUACAUCUUCAGCCUGGCCCUUGCAGACGCCCUGGUCACCAGCACGCUUCCCUUCCAGAGCGUCAACUACCUGAUGGGCACCUGGCCGUUCGGGGACAUUUUGUGCAAAAUGGUGAUGUCCAUCGACUACUACAACAUGUUUAUCUCCAUCUUCACUCUCACCACCAUGAGCAUCGACCGCUACAUCGCCGUGUGCCACCCGGUCAAGGCGCUGGACUUCAGGACGCCGCGGAACGCCAAGAUCGUCAACGUCUGCAACUGGAUUCUCUCCUCGGCCAUCGGGCUCCCGGUGACGUUCCUGGCCUCCACUGUCACCAACGCCAACAUUAUCGACUGUAAGCUAGACUUUCCCAGCCCUGCAUGGUACUGGGAGACCUUAAUGAAGAUCUGCGUGUUCAUCUUUGCCUUCAUCAUGCCCAUCCUCAUCAUCACCGUCUGCUACGGGCUCAUGAUCCUGCGGCUCAAGAGUGUCCGAAUGCUGUCGGGCUCCCAGGAAAAGGACAGGAAUCUUCGAAGAAUCACCCGCAUGGUCCUGGUGGUGGUCGCCGUCUUCAUCAUCUGCUGGACCCCGAUCCACGUCUUUGUCAUCAUCUCUGCUCUGAUCAACAUCCCCAGCUCCACCCUGCAGACCAUCACCUGGCACUUCUGCAUCGCCCUGGGCUACACCAACAGUAGUCUGAACCCCGUUCUUUACGGCUACCUGGACGAGAACUUCAAACGUUGCUUCCGUGAGUUCUGCACCCCGAGCGCUUCGGUGCUGGAGAUGCCGAACUCAUCCAGAACCGGAGCCACCAGCCGCAAGGCCCCAAGGCGUGAACACAACGGCACAAACACGAGCGAGAGAUCCAAUCAGCAGGUAUGACUAGCCUUGGAGGGGUCGUCGGUGGACUCCCGCUGUUGCGGAGGAGCUGCCAACGACGAUCUCAACUCUGAAGUCACCCAGGUCACCACAGGGCUAUAAUUAGUGCACGAAAACCACACAGGCAAGCCUCAAAACACAGAAACACGGCCGACACAGGGGAGCACAGAUCACCUUCGCCUCUCCCAGCUUCUGUAGUUCUGCUGGAAGUCGGGUUGUAAACCUGCAACUUCAUCCUUUGCGAUUUGAAACAAAUGAUUCUGCCUUCAAAGAAACAAGACAUUUUUAAAUUCAAGAAUCAUUAAAAAAAAAAUCACUUUUCUAGUUUGAGAAGGACUGUAUGCUUUACAGGUAGAAAUAUUUCCUGGUAACAAGACAAAAGGAUUGACUGAUCUAUAAAACCACUUUUACAGCCUGGUAAUAUGGUUCUUUCUGCCUUAUUAAUCCUAACCCCCGGCUCUAGCUCUCAGCUUAUCUGUAACGCUUUAUGAUGAGCUAACAAAUCAAGUGUUUGCCUUUGUUCGUUGGCCUUCAUGCCACUUUUCCUCCAGAUGUUCUUUUGAGAAUGGGUUUGGCUGGAGACUGUUGGAAAGAAAGGGUUUGUGUUUUGUCGCUGCUGGAAGACUGCGUGGUAUUUUGGCCUUCAAAGAGACUUCACUGGACGGGAGGUGAAAUUCAAAACGAUUUCCCUCCACUGCGCUUUUCAAAAUGCCUUUGUACGGCUGCGGCAUUGGUGGGGACCUCACCUGGACAGUUGACACCGACCGCUCCGGCUUCAGCCACUUCAGGGCUGCUCCUCCCGUUGCCGUACAGCAGUCAUCCCGUUUCCUCACCUAAGAUUUCACCGCGGUGGACGAAUGAAAACUGGAGAAAUUUCUGAAUGUACAUAAAGGGAACCAUUUGUGUUUGUCGCAGUGAGUCAUUCUGCCAAACUGUGCUCCAAACCAGCAAGAGGACGCGUCUGCCUGUCUGUCUGUGCAGCCUGCACAGCAUGCUGUUUUAGUGCAAACACGUGUCUCUGCUGGUGUGUGAUUAGCCGCUGUAGAGCAGCCAUUACAGCAGCUAUAGCUUUUAUAUGAAGGAACUUAAAGUCGAGCCAAACAGGAGCGUACAGCACAUUGUGUUAAUUCUAUGUAAAUAUGCUUGUGCCGACAUGUUGUAUCUACAUGUAAAAUGCCUUGUUCAGUCGCUCUGCUUGAUACUCUCUAAACCAUAUAUAUUUUUUAAAAAGCUCUGUAAAAGAGGAAACUCUUUCUAGAUGUAAACCUGUGUAAGUGUUCAUCUGCUUAAAUAUAUGUGGUAAAUGCAAACUCAUGGAAAUUAUCGUCACCAAAUGGAGAUUUGUUUUUGUUUCUAAUCAGAUGUGUUGGUAACUGCAAAUGUUUUCAAAUUGAUGUUGCAAUGUGACAAACUUUCUGCUUUGAGUAAAAUGCGUUGCUGAUGUCACUUUGCGCAGAUAAUUGGUAAAUUUUUACUUGCACGGCUUUUCAGGCAUCUGUAAAAAAAAUAAAAUAAAAUGUCAAUUGUAAUUUCUCGCAGAUGGCUGAAAACGUAACGGCUGCCACCAUCUAUAUAAUCCAUAAACUGUAUGUUUGGUACUUUUAGACAUCUAAGCUCGUAAAGGCAGAGUAGCGACACGUAGCGGCAGCGUUUCCAUGGAGCAAUCAACCCAACCGUAGCGGCUUUGUUUGAUUUGUUCUUCAGGAAAAUUCACAGAGCAACUCAGAGGAAAACAACUGGACAAUUCAUGCACCAGUACAUAGACACAAACUUAAUCUGGUAAGUUUGCAGCACCCCUAACUUUAUUGAAGUGCAUGACAUCCAAAAACAAAAUCUUACCCCAGAAGAUCCAGAAUGUCAAAUAUCAUGAAGAUUUGAGUUUUAAAAUUGUGAAAUAUAGGAAGUUUUUUGCAAACAAAGUCUACUUCUGGCUAUAGCUACAAAGUUAAUAAAGUUGUAUUUGAACAAACUAUUUGAAAGAAAUAUAUGUCCCAAACCAUAGACAUGUUCCUUAAGGUAGGGAUUAUAAAUUUUGCAAACGUGAUUCCAGCCCUAUUUCUGCAACGUGGAGAUGUUUGUUUUGCAAAAAUGGAACGACAGAUUGGGACGAAACUUUGUGGUUGAAGCGAAUGGCAGAAAAUUAAAUAUGCGGCAACUUAUGAAAUAUCAGGAAAUCUGCAUUUCAUAUAAAUUGAUAUAACUCAUGAAUAUCUAAAUCUCUUUGGAAGAUUAUUAUGCAAAUCAUUGCUUCAGUUUACACGUGAAACCGUAGUGCAUGUUGACAUUGGUGCUAAUAACCUGUAGCAAUUUUUUCCUACAAAACAUUUAUGAUGGAGGCAUGAGUUUGUGUCAGAUACACCAGGAUCACACCAAUAAGAAUUUGGUGACUCUUUUGUUGUUUGGAGUAACUGUUACUACAACAUUAGUACUAGGCUGAUAUGGACGCCCGUUCCCAGAAAAGGGUCCAAUCAACUUGAAUUCCUGCAUAUUUUUUAAAAGGUAAACAAACAAACAUCAGUGCAGGUUGAACAAUAGGAAGUGCUGAAAGCAAGAAGCUCACAGCUCUUCAGAGCAAUGUAACCUUGCUGUCAGACAGUUUGAUGAUUUUUAAGCCCAAAACAAUUUUCUUGGUUACUGGUGUGGGUUUUUGCUUCUCAUUGGGUUAAAUUAUGGAAGAAACAACAUCCAACAGGACAGACAUGAGACAAAGAGAGAAAAUGGAGAACUGUACCUGCUGAGGAGAACUUAGAGUACAUUUACAUGUGCCUUUUUUUCCAGCUUCACUAUGAGAAUGUAAAGACGACAUAAACUGAAGAAAUAAUGACUGAGAUCUUGUGGUAAGACAAAAA